AUGAGUUAUAAAGAUCGAUGUAGAACCUGUUUAAGUAGUGGAAAAGAAAUGCGGCACGUUCAUUCAGUGAUAUCGAUUGCUGGAGACGAUGUCCGCUUAUCUGAUGUUUUGCGAAAUAUCUACAAUUACACUAUACCACCAGAUGAUUCCUUGCCUGAUAAAAUUUGCAUUAAUUGUGUACAUCAACUAACUUUAUCGUACUCCUUCAAAACACUUAUUGAAAAUAGCUUAAAAACAUUAACUGAAAAUGUUAACUUUGCGGAUUCAGCCAGUGAUAAUUACGACGCGAGCUUUGAAUCUGACGACCUUAAGCCUAUUAAAGUAUUCCAAAAACCUCAUGGUAGACAAAAAUUACUAGUUCAAACGGAAAGCAAGGCAGUAGUUGAAGAUAAAUUAUUAUUUUGUGUAGAAUGUAAGGCAGAGUUUCAUUCUGUAAAAUCUCUUAAUGAACAUUGUGUUAAUAAUCAUCCCGUCAAAUCUGUAAUAGGUAGAGAUUGUGAAUACUGUAAUGAAAAAUUUGAAGAUUUUCGAUCACUUGUUUUACACAGAAAGCUUCAUUUGAAGCCUUUUAUUUGUGAAAACUGCUGGGAAGGCUUUUAUAGUACUGAUGAAUUAAAACAUCAUUCUUGUCAGCCAAACUCGGAAAAUAAGGAUAAAAAUAAAUCUGAAAGAAUAUUACGGCAGUGUGAUCAAUGUGGAAAAUCAUAUCCGCCUGGAUAUAUAAGAAUACAUAUGCUAACACACAGUAAUGAUAGAGCCUAUAGUUGUAAAUUCUGCCCCAAAAAGUUCAAAGUGCCCGGUAGUCUUCAUUCACAUAUAUUGUGGAAUCAUAAACGGACAAGAAACCAUAAAUGUGAAGUUUGUAAUGCAACAUUCAUAUCGUCAAGCUCUAGAAGCUCUCAUAUUAGAAAAAAUCAUUUAAAAGAGAAGAAAUAUGGGUGUGAAAGCUGUGGAAAAAGAUUUUUCUCAAAGUCUGAAUUACAAAGACACUCUUUAACUCAUACUGGUGUAAAGAAUUUCCACUGUCACUUGUGUGACAAAUCGUACCAGACUAGAUAUGGCUUAAAUGUUCAUCUAAAGUCCCAUUCCCAAAUAACAAUGAAUGUUUUAAAUUUA